CCCUGGCGGUGGCGAGAGGGCAGCGUGCAUCUGGGCGUGCGUGGGUGGCUGCAAGGAGGGGCGGAGGGAGGAAGCUGGCUUCCUGGAGCCUCCUCAGCCUCAAAGACAGACGGACAGACAGACAUCUGGCAACAGGCAGCCUGGGGGCACAGCAGCUUCGGAGAGCCUCAUGGCUGCGUGAGCCUCCCCUGGGCCCAGCAUGGUCCAGGCCUGUGGGGGGCGUUCCAGAGCACAGCUGCCAGCCUGGUCUUUGGGGACAGCCAUGACCCAGCCUCCCCCGGCCAAAGCGCCAGCCAAGAGGCACGUCCGUCUGCAGGAGAGGCGGGGCUCCAACGUUGCUUUGGUGCUGGACGUGCGGUCCCUGGGGGCCGUGGAACCCAUCUGCUCAGUGAACACACCCCGGGAGGUCACCCUACACUUUCUGCGCACAGCUGGACGCCCCCUCACCCGCUGGGCCCUGCAGCACCAGCCACCCAGCCCCAAGCAGCUGGAAGAGGAAUUCUUGAUCCCCUCAAACUUUGUGAACCCCGAAGAGCUGGACAUUCCUGGCCACGCCUCCAAGGACCGAUACAAGACCAUCCUGCCAAAUCCCCAGAGCCGCGUCUGUCUUGGCCGAGCACAGAGCCAGGAGGAUGGAGACUACAUCAACGCCAACUACAUCCGAGGCUACGACGGGCAGGAGAAGACCUACAUCGCCACUCAGGGGCCCAUGCCCAAUACAGUGGCAGACUUCUGGGAGAUGGUGUGGCAGGAAGACGUGUCACUGAUCGUCAUGCUCACUCCUCUCCGCGAGGGCAAGGAGAAAUGUGUCCACUACUGGCCCACAGAAGAGGACACCUAUGGGCCUUUCCGGGUCUGCGUCCAAGAAGAGAAGCAGCUCCCAGAAUACACGGUUCGGCAGCUCACCAUCCAGCACCAGGACAAGUGCCGGCCAGUGAAGCACGUCCUCUUCUCAGCCUGGCCUGACCACCAGACCCCAGAGUCGGCUGGGCCGCUGCUGCGCCUCGUGGCUGAGGUGGACGAGAGCCCAGAGGCAGCUGCCAGCACCAGGCCCAUUGUGGUCCACUGCAGUGCAGGGAUUGGCAGGACCGGCUGCUUCAUCGCCACCCGGAUAGGCUGUCAACAGCUGAAGGCCCGAGGGGAAGUGGACAUACUGGGCAUCGUAUGCCAACUGCGGCUGGACAGGGGGGGCAUGAUCCAGACCACGGAGCAGUACCAGUUUCUCCACCACACCCUGGCCCUGUAUGCGGCCCAGCUGCCAGGGCAACCCAGCCCCUGAGGCCUGGCGCCCUCCCCAGGCCUGGGAAGGCGGGUCUGGGGAAAGCAGGCCUUGCAGCCUGGGGACCCCAGGAUGCACACGGGGAAGCGAGUGUGUGCGGUCACAAGACACUCACCAGCAAGGACCAAGGCCAGGCGCCAGGUCUCCACCACUGGCCACGCCUCUGCUUCCUCCAGUGGCCCCAACGGGACACCAGGGUGAACCUCAGUUGUCUCUCUGAACUUAAGGACCAGAGCUAGCGUUUCAGCAGAUCUGAGAGACACCAGGUGUCCUGUGAGCUUCAGCCUCUGCGUGUAUGACACGGACACCAUGUGCUUUGCUGCCAUUAAAGGGAAAACAAUCAGAGAAGCUCUAAAAACUGUCCCAGCUGUACCACUUCCUGAGCUGGCAAGAGGGUGAUCCCAGGACCAUCCCCGCCUGCAUCUGCCCAGGAACACGCCAGACACCAGAGCUGGGAAAAGUCUGGCCUGACGUUGGUCAUUUUCCUAUCACUGACUGCUUCCUCACCCCACAUGUGAGGGCUGGAUGCCCCCAGAGAACAAGGACCCAGAUUCCCCCUGAGCCCACACGUGUCCUAGGAGCACAGGUGACCAGGCCUGGCAGCUGAAGUCUCUGGAAGAGGGAAAGUGGGGACCCAUCAGAGGCCCAGCGGGCUGCUCUGCCUCUGAGCUGCCGACCCCUCACCCCAGCUAUUCCCUAGGGAGGCCCGCAUUGUCUGUCCUUUCGGAAGAUCCCCUGGGCACCUUGGAAGCACCAAGGAAGGCAAGGAGACAGAACCCACCUGAUGUCAGACGACCAGCGCCGCCCUGCAUUUGCAGAGGACACAGGAGAGCGUGUUGUCCCCACGAGCAGUCUUAGUUCAAGCCCUCCAUGCAGACCUGGCUCAGAGUGACCGGGCCCCGGCUAGUCCACCUGGAGACCUGCAUCCCCUCACCAUCUGCACAGCAGCACCUCCAGGGCACCGGCUCCAGGCAGCACUGACCUGCACCUCCCAGGAAGGCAGGCAAAGCCUUUGGCCUUGAACCUGACGGGCUGCCCAUCGCCCAGGAGGCACCGUCUCCCGGGCACUCAGCCCCUGAGGUCUGCAUGUGCUGAUGCCAAGUCUCCGGUCCCAGAAGCAACCAGGGGCUCCUCACGCCAGACCUUGCUCUGAAGGACACACACAGCUGAGACUGAGAUGGAGGUUGUCUCCUUCCUGACUCAGGAACUGCCCUCCCUAUAGUCCCAGGAAGGGGCUCGCCCACACCUGUCUCCCC